AAGUAAUUAAAAAAUAUAACUGUUAUAUAAAAUUGUUAUAUUUAUUGUUGAGUGCAAUGUUGAUAAUCUAAAUUGUGAAUUAGUUUCAGUAACUUUUUUCUGCAGAAUCUCAUCUGUGUUAUUGAAAUCCUUGGUUGUAGCUCUGCAUAAGUAACAAUUUAAAGGAAAUUUCAGUAGUAAAAAAAAGCUCUCUUGUCAUUUUUCAAUAUCUUUUUUCGUUCUUGAGUUUUAAUCGAAAAACCAAAAGAAAAACUUUAUUCCUUAAUUACUUCCAAGUGCCUUAAUGUUGUAGCACUUUUAAAUUGAGCCUUUUUUUACUUCAAACUGUCGAUUAAAACAAUAAAAUAUCUGUAAAUAAUUUCUUCCUUUUUCGCCGCCAUUUUCAUCUCUGACAACUAGCCUACAUAUCCAAAUUUGGCACUGUUGAUUUUACCUACACUCGAGAAACGAAUUGUAGAUUAAUUUGAGAGAGAAAACACAGUUUUUAAAUAAUGUUAAAUAAUGUGAUGCUUCGCGUCUUAUCUUGUCAAUUUGAGACACAAUUGGACAUGAUAUCAAUGACGACAUCGUCGUAAAGUCGCGAAAGCUGACAAAUCUGGAGAAAUGCUCAUGUUGUUGAAAGUUUUUACUUGCAUGAGGUUAUGUGAAGUUCUUGAUUUUUACAAGCGACAAGCAGUCGACAGGAGAUAACCUAACUAAGCCGGUGUGCCGUAUGUCAAAAGGAGCACGGUGAUUUUGACGAAUUUUAGAGACUAGAGUGAAAGAGAGAUUACCUUCUAUGCUUUAUUUCAUUACGCAAGAAUACUUUUAGAAUGGUGAAGAGCAAAGCACAAGAGAAAGUCACAAAAAUAAAAAAUAAACCUAAGACGAGCAAGAGAAUGCAAUUGCCAAUUAAGCCAAUCAAUGUUAUCAUCAUUGUGAGUCUGGCAAUUGCUGUUUGGAUCGGAUACAAAGGAUACCGCGAAACGAGAGUUAAUACUCCAUAUAAUGGAAAAAGGUUAGUUACUGCAUCUGGAUUGGAUUCUCCGGACAGAUAUUGGGGUACCUAUCGAUCCGGAGUAUAUUUUGGUUUAAAAACAAGAGACCCGCAUUCCUUGGUGACUGGUUUAAUGUGGUAUUUUCCACGUUUCUUACGUCAUGAUGGAACUGGAUUUAGACACUUGUGCGAACAAGGUGAUGAACUAGACAGAUAUGCAUGGCUAGAACACGACGGACGAACAUUUGGAGUUCAGGAAAUAGUAGAUAAUCCUGCAGUCAUAAGAACAACAUUCGUCAAAAAGCCUGGCGGAUAUCACGGUGGUGAUUGGACCGCAAGAAUUGCGGUGUCAUCAAAAAAGGAAGAACAUAUUGGCGAAGAGAUGUCAUUGUUAUUUUAUACCGCUAUUGAGGAAGGCACGAAGGGUUGGAUAAAGGCUAAUCUAGGAGAUUACAAUCGCUUGACAGGAAUAGAAGGAAAUACACGGGGAUUGGGAUCUUUUAUCAUAAAUGUGAAUUUAAUAAAUGGCACUAUAGAAGAGCAUUCCUUUCUAGCGACGGUCGCUCCUGGUCUAAACGUGUUGAAAGAAACGGUUUUUCAAAGUCUCCGCAUUGCGACCCAGAAGGGAUCCAUGGAGAAACAUGUAGUUUUAGCAGGUGAACAAUUGCCUUUGCUUCCCGAAGGCAAGAAAAAGGAUCCGAAUUUUGUUGUAACUCAAGUGACGGGAAAAAUUCCUUUUGAGAUCGAAGUUAGUUAUGAAUCUGGUAGUUUCAGCAAUAGGAUGGAUGUUAAAUUAACAGGAAAUAAUUAUGACGAGGCUCUCAAGGAUCACAGAGAACUGUUCUCAAAGAAAUUUGAAAAUAUUUUCAAGCUGAAGUCUAAGGGAUAUACGGACGAUGAAGUGGCGUUUGCGAAGAUGGCCUUUUCAAAUCUUAUAGGCUCGAUAGGUUACUUUUAUGGAGCUUCACAGGUGCAAAGUAUCUAUACUCAGGAACCUGUGCCUUAUUGGAAAGCACCUUUGUAUACUGCCGUACCAAGCAGAAGUUUUUUCCCAAGAGGUUUUUUGUGGGACGAAGGUUUUCACGGUUUAUUGAUCUCUGCCUGGGACAUGGAGAUAGAAUUAGAUAUUAUAAGCCAUUGGUUUGAUCUGAUGAACGUUGAGGGUUGGAUACCAAGAGAGAUGAUUCUCGGCCAAGAAGCUGUGGCUAAAGUUCCCGAGGAGUUCAUAACUCAGAUCAACACAAAUGCGAAUCCGCCUACAUUUUUCUUGACGCUAGAUUUUUUGCUUCAGCAUAAAGAGCAGGACUUACUGAAACAUAAUUAUCAAUUGCUCGACAAACUGUAUCCACGGUUGCAGAAAUGGUUCUCGUGGUUCAAUACCACGCAAGUCGGUGAGCUACCCAGUACAUACAGAUGGCGAGGCAGAGACGAAAAGACUAUUAAAGAACUGAAUCCUAAAACGCUCACAUCCGGCUUAGAUGAUUACCCCAGAGCUUCCCAUCCGAGUGUCGUCGAACGUCACGUCGAUUUACGUUGCUGGAUCGCAUUUGCUGCUCGCGUUAUGGCUAGAAUCGCCGAAACAUUGAGUUAUCCUGCUACAAAGUAUCAAGAAACAUUCCAGUAUCUAUCCGAUAAUAACUUGUUGAACAAGCUACAUUGGUCGCCGAAUGCGCAAGCAUAUUCCGAUUACGGUUUGCAUACUGACAAGGUGAUUCUACGGAAGAUUGCGUCACCGCCAUCUCGCAAGCAGCAAUCUGCUAAUAUGCAAAUGACAUCAGAAAUGAAACGCAUCGUACUGGAAAAUCCAUCAUUGAAGUUUGUCGACACAACCUUUGGAUAUGUAUCGUUAUUCCCUUUUAUUCUGCAGAUUGUUGAGCCUGAUUCGCCUCAACUGGGAAAGAUACUGCAGGAUCUACGGGAUCCUGAUUUGCUAUGGACGAAGUACGGACUGCGUUCGCUCGCGAAAACAUCACCUUUAUACAUGAAAUAUAAUACAGAACACGACGCGCCUUACUGGCGCGGUCCUAUCUGGAUAAAUUUGAAUUAUUUGACAGUACGAGCAGCAUAUUAUUAUUCUAACGUGACGGGACCGUACCAGGAGAGCGCAAAAAGACUAUACCAAGAGUUGCGAAAGAAUUUGAUACAGAAUAUUAUUAUGCAAUAUAGAAAAUCUGGGUAUUUGUGGGAGCAGUAUGAUAGUACGGAAGGAAAGGGUAAAGGAAGUCACCCUUUCACUGGCUGGACUUCUUUGGUAGUACUACUUAUGGCAGAAAUAUAUUAAAUGUCACGUUAA